CACGCCCAUCAGACCCUGGGGAAAAUUAGAGAAGGUUAAGAGAGCCAUUGAGGCAGCGGGUCACUAUAUGCACCACCAACAGUUCUGGUCAUACCUCGCCUUGCAACACAUUACAGCUGAACUACUCCUUGUCGUAAACGGUUAAAGUGAAAGAUGUGUAUGCUGCUGUGGACGCUGGUGGUAGUGGGUGUUAGCAGCGAGGGACUGAUGGUGGCAGCAGAUGACACCACUGCCAAUGCUAAUUUUCCUGAGCUCUUCUGGGCAGGACUUGGCUUCCAAAACCGAAACUGUCGUGAACUGCAAGAGCAUGGUCACAAGACCAGUGGAAUAUACACCAUCUAUCCACAUGACUGCUGCCCCAAACGUCCUGUCCGUGUCUACUGUGAUAUGGACACUAAUAAAGGAGGAUGGACUGUUAUCCAGCGUCGCGAAGAUAUUCUGCCAAAGGAAGACUUUUACCGCACCUGGAUGGAGUAUGCUUUAGGCUUUGGUAAUCUCUCCGGCGAGUUCUGGCUUGGCCUUGAACAUAUCCAUGCCCUCACUGAUCAAACUCUCAACCAGAUACGAUUUGAAUUAACGGAUUUCGACAACAGCACCCGGUGGGCACAGUACCAAUUCUUUUAUGUCCAUGACAGGAGCUCCUUAUUCAAGGUAGAAGUUAAUGGUUACACUGGAGAUGCUGGUGAUGGCUUCAGUAACGUCAACGAUCUGAAGUUCUCUGCGAAGAAUUACGAUCUAGACACUUCUCCAGAAAACUGUGCUGUAUUGUAUCUUGGUGGUUGGUGGUAUGGAAAAUGCCAUUCAUCCAACCUGAAUGGUAAGUACCAUAAUGGUGCCCAUGACUCUUAUGCUGAUGGUGUCAACUGGCAACCUUUCCGUGGUUAUCACUACUCUCUCAAGAGGACAGAGAUGAAGAUCAGACCAGCGUACUGACACCUAACUCACUACAGCAAACCCCGGGUUGCUACUGAGACCUACCUCACUACACCAAACCCCGGGUUAUUACUGAGACCUAACUCACUACAGCAAACCCCGGGUUGCUACUGAGACCUAACUCACUACAGCAAACCCCGGGUUACUACUGAGACAUAACUCACUACUGCAAACCCAGGGUUAUUACUGAGACUUAACUCACUACAGCAAACCCCGGGUUAUAACUGACACCUAACUCGCUACAGCAAAACCAGGGUUAUUACUAAGACCUAACUCACUACAUCAAACCCCGGGUUACUACUGAGACCUAACUUACUACAACGAACCCAGGGUUAUUACUGAGACCUAACUCACUACAGCAAACCCAUAGUUAUAACU